CCCCGGGCGUGCCCGGCAGCGGGGGGCGGGGCCAGUGCCGGCCGCGAUGGCGUCGCUGUUCGGCGGCGUGGAGGGCGGGGGCACCCACUCCAGGGUGGUGCUGGUGUCCGGGGAUGGCCAAAUCCUGGCCGAGACCGAGGGACCCUGCACCAACCACUGGCUCAUCGGCUCCGACAAGUGCCUGGAGAGGAUCGAGCGCAUGGUCACCGAGGCCAAGAGCAAGGCGGGCGCCGACCCCCAGGUGCCCCUGCGCUCCCUGGGGCUGUCCCUGAGCGGAGGGGACCAGCAGGACGCCAUCGGGAAGCUGACGGAGGAGCUGCAGCGCCGCUUCCCCCACCUGAGCCAGAGCUACUUCAUCACCACCGACGCCGUGGGGGCCAUGGCCACGGCCACCGACCACGGUGGCAUCGUGCUGAUCUCGGGCACGGGCUCCAACUGCAAACUCAUCAACCCCGACGGCUCCGAGACCGGCUGUGGCGGCUGGGGACACAUGAUGGGGGACGAGGGGUCUGCGUACUGGAUCGCUCACCAGGCUGUCAAGAUGGUCUUUGACUGCAUGGACAACCUGGAGGUGCCGCCCCACGACGUCGCCUACGUCAGGCAGGCCAUGUUCGACUACUUCCAGAUCUCGGACAGGAUGGGGCUCCUGACCCACCUCUACCGCACCUUCGAGAAGUCCAAAUUCGCGGGGUUUUGCCAGAAACUGGCGGAGGGUGCCCAGCUCGGUGACCCGCUGUGCUGCCACAUCUUCACCAAGGCGGGCGAGGUGCUGGCGCGCCACGUGGUAGCCGUGCUGCCCAAAAUCCACCAGAGCCUGUUCGCGGGCGAGCUGGGGCUGCCCAUCGUGUGCGUGGGCUCGGUGUGGAACAGCUGGGAGCGCCUGCAGGCGGGGUUCAUCCGGGUGCUGGAGCGGGCGCGGGGCGAGGCCCGCGGGGAUUUCUCCCGGUUCAGCCUGCUGAAGCUGCGGCGCUCCUCGGCGCUGGGCGGAGCGCGGCUGGGGGCGCGCAGCGUGGGGGCGGCGCUGCCGCUGGACCGCGCCCGCAACGUGGACGUGUUCUACACGCACGUGUUCUGAGGGCCGCGCCCCACACACGGCCCCAGACACGGCACCGCGCCCCAAAACUCACCCCAACACGGGACAGCACCCCAAAACGGCCCCAAAACAUGUGACAGCGCCCCGAAACUGCCCCCAAAACACGGGACAGCGCCCCAAAACGGCCCCCAGAAAUGGAGACGGAGCCCCAAACUGCCCCCAAAACACGGCACAGCGCCCCAAAGCGGCCCCAAACACGGCACCGCGCCCCAAAACUGCCCCCAAAACACGGCACAGCGCCCCAAAACGGCCCCAAACACGGCACCGCGCCCCAAAACUGCCCCCAAAACACGGGACAGCGCCCCAAAACUGACCCCAAACACGGGACAGUGCCCCAAAACUGACCCCAAAAAUAGAGACGGAGCCCCAAAACUGACCCCAAACAUGGGACAGCGCCCCAAAACUGCCCCCAAAAAUGGAGACAGAGCCCCAAAACUGCCCCAAACACGGGACAGCUAUUCAAAAAUGGGACAGUGCCCCAAAACUACCCCCAACACGGGACAGCGCUCCAAAAUUGCCCCCAAAAAUGGGGACAGCGCCCCAGAACUGCCCUUGGAGCCACCUCCCAGAUGGAGGAGGCUGGGGGGUGUGUGGGGUUUUGGGGU